AUGAAUCUCUUCAUCAUAGGUUUCAUAGAUUUCCUUGACUUCCACGCUAUUUUCAACAUUCUUCAUCUAUAUUUUCAAGCGAUCUACAUAGAUUUUCCAUCAUUUUUCCAGUUUUCUGUAUCCAACUCUAGUAUGUAAUAUAAAGAGCUUAGAUAUCCGAUAGAAGAGAUAGCGAUCGAAAAAACUGAGAGAUCAAAUUAAAUCGGAUUUCUCAUUUCAUGUUUUAAUAAUUGUUUUUAUACAGUUCUUUCGAAAAAAAAAAUGCUGAGAUGUUUAAGAAAUCUUAGAGAAAAAACGGAAUUUCUAGAGGCGGAGAGCUUUUUUCGUGUUAUUUCGGGUCAUGCAAGCAUAUCGAUUUUCAAACUAUCCAAAAGAUUUGUAGAACUGAAUAGAAUAUCUGGGUCCAUUCAGGUUUUUCAAAAAGAAAUGGGACAAACGAGGUUUUGCCUUUUAAAGAUUUUUCUUUGAAUGCACUUUUUAUCAAAUUUUACGAAACCAGUCAAACUUAGGCGCUGUUAUCAGAGAUUCUUGUUCCAGCUGGGACCUCACAAGUAAGAAAAAGAGGUCGGCUCCGCAAAUGGACUCGACUGGACGAUUUUGACGGCAUCGGCCGUGCGAAAAGUCAACAGCCGACCUGUCCGCACUCGACGUGUCAGCGGCGCACCUUUGCCUCGUUACCCACACCUGCGGCAUUCCGAACCUCGUCUGAUAACCGCUUAUCACCUCCUACGGGACUCCUCCUUCAUCGAUUCGAUUCGGAGCCUCGCCACGUCAUGUCGUCGUACUGACACUCUCUGUCGCCCUGACAUGAAGGAGAAGAAGGGAUUCCUUGGCUUCUUCAAGAAGGUUUUCUCUUUCUCUUUGAUUCCAUCUGUGGAUAAUUGGGUGAUUCAGAAGCGGACGACUUCUCCAGCAACCCAACCGGAUGCCGUUGUCAAUAGGUACCUCUCAUUUCAUCUGGUUUAAAUUACUGACGACGUUGAUUACACUUUUUAUUAAUAACUUGAAAAAAAGUUGAUUGGCGUUAAACUGUGUUAUUUUUUUGCUUUUUAGUUAUAUGUAGUUAGAUCAGAUAGAAGCUUGUUCGGAAGGGAAUCGAAAUCAUUUAAAGAACUCUCAAGGAGAAAUAGUAGUUGCUUUCACAAGAGUCACUUCGAUCAGAAACUUCAUCAUGCUUCAAAUUUGAACCUAUCAGUAUUUCAGGAAUUAGCUUUAUGCGGAAGUAAUAAUAAGAAAAAUGAAUGAGAUUAAUUUGACUGGGAGAAGAUGAAAAUCUCUGUGAGCUUUUCCUUUUGUUAAUUUUUUGAGUUCACAGGCGAGGGUAUUUCGAUCUUAAUUUUUUACUCAACUUUACGUACAAGUUUUCGUUUUUUCUGUUUUAAAACAUUUGAAUUCCAUACGUAGAGCCUCUAAAGAAAACACAUGGCCUCUUCCGUAGAGGCCAUGUAUUUUCAUGCUGAUUAAUUGGCCGUAGCACAUAAAAUGUACUGAAUGAAGAUCUGAACAUCAGACUCUCCAUAAAAUUUUUGGGAAAAAAGCAGGCCUCUUCAACCACUUUUGCAAAGUACUGUUAGGAAAUUGGAUUUCGCACCUUUUUUCAUGUGAUUAUUAAUUUCGAGCGGCUCGAGAUUGAUUUAGUGCAUUCGAAAGUGACUUGACCCACUUUAUUAGGUUGGUCAGAUGGAAAUGAGCGUUAGGUGUCUCGAAUCAUUUUUCAUUCCCAAGACAAGAAUUAACCAGAAAAUGUAUCCUCUGCGUGGCAGUUGGUGGCUGAUCAUAUUCGCAACUUGGAAAAUACUCCUUGGAACUCCACAUAUUUUUAUCAUGUUCUUAUAAUGAGUUGAACUAUCUGUAAAAGCUCAUUUCUAACCGGUCAAACAAAUAAAUUAAUUCUUAAGCUCAGCAUAGGGACCGCAGACGAAUUUUCAAAAAAUUUUUUUCAGCAUUGAGCUUUGUAUGGUUUGAUAGCUGUUCCGAUUCAAAACUCAGAACCGUUGAGUUUUUCGAAAAGAUUGAAGAUGAAAAAAGUUAUGACGAAAAAUGUGGCGCACUGCGCACCAUUUUUUUAGUACUGAAAUUUUGGUAUUAUCCAUUUUGACAUUUUUCUCGAUUUUUCUUCUAGAACAAGUUUUGAUACUGGUCUAUUAUGAUGUAAGAAAUCAUAAUAGAGCUCUAAAAUGAUGAAAAUUAGCUAGUUUGCCGAAAAAGUCGGUAUUUUCCAGAAAACAAAAAACUGACGCUUGCGGGCAUCGAACUCGCGACCUCAAAAUGAAAUUUCGCGGCGCACGCGCUGCGCCAAGCUGUCAGGCCUAGCGAGGGGAGCUUCCAUCCACCUUACCCUUGAGCCGUUUGAAUAGCACAGAUUGCCUAUUUCAAAAAAAUAAAAAAACUUGAAGUAAUUCAGCUAUUUUUUUAUCAGAAUAUGUUCGCAAAUCUUUACUCAAACUUUCCGUGAAAAAUUCACUUCGAAAAAAACUGUUUUUUUAGUGCUUUUUUUCCUCGUUUAACGAUCGCUGCCUUAAAACGGCCCCGUAAAUUUUUUUGGCAAAGACGAAUUUUUUUAUUUUUAUUCUUUUUAAUUGAAAGAUUUUUUUACUAAUAAAUGUAUAUAAUCGUUUGAAAAAAACCUGCGUUCGACCGCUUUCUGUGUGAUAAAAAGCCACUAAUUUUUAUUCUCUAGUUUCAAGAGCAUUUUUUUGUGUAUUAAACAACUUUUUUUCAAGCGCAGAUGCUGUGGAGAAAAAAAAUUUAAGUAAGCCCAUGGUCUAAAUUUUGAAAAAAACAAAAAAACUUGAUUAUAUUCGCUUAUUAACGAUAUUUUUGAAUUAUGACUUUCGGCACUCCCUAAAAUUUUUUUGGCAAAGACGAAUUUUUUUAUUUUAUUGUUUUAAAAUUACCGUUACUUGAAUCAAAAUCAUUAUAUAAAAAAAGAAAGAGUGCGUUCGACCUGAAAAACACAUAAAAAAAAGCAAAAAAAUGACAAAAAAAUUUUUUUAGUUCCAUUCACGUUUUUUUGUACGACAUUCCGCGAGAACGCAUCAAAAAAAGCGUGAAAUAUUUUUUUAAACGAAAGAGGAAGCUUUUUCUGUACAUGUGUGUCAAAAUUUAUUAUCCAGUUCCACAUAUUUUGCAACUACAACAAAAUGAAAGUUGAAAACCAAAAAAAAGCCACUUUUUCCAUCGCGAAAAGGGGCGUGGCUUUGCGGUCCCUAGCUCAGCAGAACGAACUCCCUUGCCCGACCACAUCUCUCAAAGUUUUUCCAUCAACUUCCUGUUCAUCCCACGGUCCGCCAUUCUUACUUUAUGAAUAUCAAUGGCCUCCGCUCGCAUAUCAAUGGAAGCGGACUUGCACGCGGUCCCUGAAAUUGGCCGACGCCAUGAAGGUGGAGGAGAUUCGUCCGUUUUGUCGCUUUUUGCAAUAUUGUGUCAACAUAGCGACACACACGACGAACACAACGAACCAUUGAAACGGGCGGUCCCUUCUGUGUCCGCUGAACAUCUGCAUUUGCGCGGUAGAUACGUGGGAUGAGGCCGACAGCCAACUUCUUCUGUCUAUUCAAUCUCUCUAUUGAGCUUCAUUUUCCUCUCUUUCCGAUUCAAAAUUCUCUAGUGGCUGAUUUUGAGUUCGAUCUGAUUCUGAAGAGCCGCAUCUUCUUUUUAUACUCAUCUUUUUUUUUGUAUUAGUCUAGUUUUAUUUGACUAGAAAGUAGGGAAAAGCUUUCAGGCUAUACCAGGAACCGCUCUUAUCGUUGUUUUUCUGAGUUCAGUUCAAUCAUUAGCGUCUUGACAAGGUCGGCCUCAAAGAAGGUGGAGCAUGAAUCGGAUAUUUUGAACUUUUGAUCUGCUCCAGGUUAAAAGUUUCAUGAUCUUCAUCUUGUACAACAAAAUGUUCUGUUCCAUUAAUUCUCAUUGAGGAUUAUCUCACUUUUACAUGUUAAAAAUUCUAAAAACAAGCUCGAAAUCAAGAAAAUAUUAAUGAAGCAUAAAAUGAAAAAAAAAACGCUACUGCUUUGUAAAAAUGGGUGAAUCCGUUGCGGUCAUUAACUCAGAUCGUUUAGCCUCGGCGCCGUCGCAGACGACGAUGAGAUGCGCGAACCGGCGACAACUGGAGUCGCAGAAGCCGCCGAAGUCGCAGAAGUCGUCGAGGUGGAGACGCGAAGCGACGCCAGCGACGACAGUGGUCGCGGCUCUUCUGCUGCCGUCGGCAAGACCGAUGACGUCAACGCUGAGCCGCCGAUGCUAACCCCGGAUCCUGUCACAACUCCUAUCGAAGAGCCUGACCUCGACCUACAGGUUUGAGUUUCUCAUAUGUUUUUUUUUCUGUUUUUUGUUUGUUCUUUUUUUCGUUCGCGCGUUCUUCAUUGUUAAGCGCGGCUUGUCUCACCUUGUUUGUUUGGAAAGAAGCUCAACAAGUGGGCUUAGUUUGGUUGUGUCCACCGGAAAAAAGCGAGAGGAAAUUGUUUAUCUCGAAACCGAUCUUUUUUUAAAAAUAAACUUUGGAAAUCAAUAACCUUCUUUUCCUACCCAGUUUUUUUGAAGUCUUAAGAAGUAAUUGGAAUUUUUUUAAAUUGUAAAAAUUAGCAAUUUCAUUUUCAUUUCAAGUGUUUAUUCGCCAUUCCGCAAUCAGCACGACAAAUACAAAAAUAAAACAUCAAAACAAUCAAAUAAAUCUAACAGCUGAUCUGUGGAAACGGCUGGAGGAAAAGAUUGUCUGAAUAGACGGUGCUAACCCCCAUUUGGUAUUUAAGUUUGUUCUUUGUUUUUUUAAUAAGUUAGAAUUUUUCUAGAUUUUAGUAGGAUCAAAUGAUUUUAAAAACGAUGUGUUUGAUUCGAACCAUGAGGUGAGCAUAAUCUGAAACUUGCCGAUUUCGUAUUCAAUGAUAGUUUCUCUCUCCAGUUGGUUCCAAAUGGGUAUGACUCUAUGAUUUAGGAAGCGUUGUUUGAUCAAUUCAUUCAUUGGUUGAACAAGUCUCAUUCCAUUUCCUCUGAGUUGAUUAUUUCUACUCGAAUUCAUCAUUAAUUUAACGGGCGAAUCACUCCAAAAAUAUCCAUGAAUGUAUUUGUGAACGCAACAAACGUCUUUAAAAAGUCUUCUAGUCCAAUGAAUUCAAAAAUCUGAUCACUUGAUUAUUCUUUUUUGAUUUUUUGAUUUUUGAAGUUUCAAACAAAAAAAAGGUUUUAAUCGUUCAAAGCUUCAGAAGGUCAAUGAAGCAGAAGCACCAGCACAGCGAAAUUGAAGAAAACUGCACAAAAUUCUGGUUUUUGAGAAAUAAGACCUCGAACUCCCUAAAUAGCCUAUUCUAUUGGCAUCUGACGGUUUUCACUGACUUUCAGAUGUCUUUCUUGAAAACUAGGAACUUGUGCAGGUUGAGACUUUCAGCAAACUAUUCUAGGACAUCAAGGAGUUUUGGCUAAUUUUCAGGGAAAUCCCAACCGCAAGGUGGAAUAACUCUCUUCCUAAGUAUAAAAAAUAGACAUUUUUGUCAUUUGAAAGAGUCUUUCGCUGUGAUUUGCUAGCCAGAGCAGUGUAGAAACACGGUAGAAAAUUUUGACCUCGGCGGGGAGCCAAGAGCCAUUGAGGACAAGAGCUGAUAACAAGGAACUGGAGGACUUGCAGGUGAGCCGAGUUGUGCAAACGAGCGUGAUCCACUACUCGCCGCACGGGUCGCUCCGCAGCCGCGCCUCGGCCGCCGUCCAUUCCGACUCGCCCAUUGUCCAGCGCCGCAGCAACAUCCUCCUCCUCGACCACCACCACUCCGCGUUCGUUCUUCUUCUUCUUCUUCUUCACUUUCCUCCUUCCUUCACACUCCUCCUUUUGUGUCUAUGUAUGUCGUCCUGUCCUUUGCAUGUUUCUCAAGAUCUCCUCCUUCGGUUUUCAAUUUUUCUUUUUUUUUCGUCAUUCUGAAAAUAGUCGGAGAUACUUCAAGUGGAAACGGUAUUUCAAGGAAACGAGGACUUUUCGAUUUCAAAUUCCGAUAUCCUCUUCAAAGGCAUGGGGUUUGCAAAGAAAAAAAAAAGUUGAUCUCGAAGAGAAGUUCAAAAUAUUGCCAGCUUGUCGGAUGAGAAGAUUCUGAGGUAGGAUUGCAAAAAUAAUAACUUUGAUUAAAAGUGUUGUUCUGAUCCCAGACAGUUUUUCGAUUUCAGAUAACCCUGACCUAUCUGAAAACACGUUGUUAGCCAAAAAAAAGUCCUUGACUUUGAACAAAAUGGGGAAGUUAUGCUAACUUUUUGAAGAAUAGCUUCGGAAAAUGUUGGGCUUUCUGAUUGAAGUUUUUUGAUAUAAAGCUGAAUUUUCUUUUUUCUGAGAAUCAAUAUAUUUUUGAAUUCUCUAGCUGACAAAAAACAGUUUUAACUGCUUCAAAAAUAAUUAUUUGAAUGAAUGAUGAUUUUUUUUUUUUGGAAGCCCUGUUGAGAACUUUCAUUCUUUUUUUGAAUAGAUCAAAUUUUCAAAAAAAUUUUUUUGUAAGUGCGAAAAUUUUGAAUCGCUCAUAGUAUUAUGAAUCUUCCCUUUUAUAAUAUUUUUAAAUCUUCGUGCAAAAUUUUUUUACCCAAUUUAAUUUUUUUCAUCUUUUUUUCAUGAAAAACGACUGAAAAAAAUCUUUUUUUAAAUUUUUUUGAAUGUUUUAAUCAUGAUAAAAAAAGUUCGAGAGAAGCUUUUUUUCUCGGUGUUUAUGACGGAAGCAUUUUCAAUAUCAUAUGUCAUUUUAUCAAAAAAUUUUCGUAGAAAUUAUGAGUAAGUGAAUGUUUUAGAGCUGUUUAAGACUUUUUUUUAUCUUUUCUUUUACAUGACGUUUCCUAAAUUGAAGCCCGAGGUAUUUUCAAAUUGAAAUUCAGCGUUUGGUUCAAUAGAAAACCCCAGUUUCCAAUCUCUAAUGAAGCAUUUACAACCGAGGAAUUUCCCAACGGCGCCCCAAAUCAAAACGAUUCAAUCAGGCUGUUGUGACUCAUGAAACGUGCGGGGUGUGCAAAAAUGAAUAGAACCACAGAAGUAGUUUUUUUGAAGUGUUUGUCCGAAGUGACUAGUAGCUUUUUUCUGAGCUUCUGUUAUGCCAAACUUAGAUCAAUAUAUAUAUAGGUCGUAUCAGUCUUUAACCAACUGAUAUAGAUAGCAUAUGUAACUUCUAAAAGACCGGAGAAGAGUUCGAAAUAAAGGCGGAUCUCUGCUAAUUUUUUUCCUUGGCUGCACCUGGAUGCCAAUAAUCUCGCCAUCUUCAUCUUGAUAUUUUCAAGCCUGACAGAAUUCGCGUCCUUUGGCUAAUAAUUCCCUCAUUUUAUUUCAUUUUUUUGUUCAUCCAGCGAAAAGGACAGAUUUUGAAACACACACUAAUUUUUCAAAAGGCUGAGCAGAUAUUUUUCGUUGAGGAUCAUUUUCACAGUUUUUUUUUUCAAAAUUGUCAAGGUUUAUAGCACUUAUUGAUAAAGUGAAAGAGGUUUUUGAGUUGCUAAGACCCGAGUUGACUCAGAAUGAAUCAUCGAGCGCAAAAAGUAACUUGCAGCGCUAAAGUACUUUUCUUUUUGCAAAAGUUGUUUUCCAUAGCCUCAAUAUUCUUGUUAUUUUCUUCUUAUAAGAUAAAUUUCCCAUUUCCACAUGUUCCUCGCAUUCGACUUGGCCAGGAAUCUUUUUUUUUUUCCAGAAUGCCAUCAAUCCCAGUGACACAGUACGUGGAAAAGCUGCCAAAACGGCGGAAAGAAAGAAAAGCGCCGUCGCCUCCAAUAGAAAAACCUCCGUCUCCUGUUGCCCUUCCUACUAUGAAAACUCUGGCUUCUCCUUCGAAAAGCUCGCCUUCGAACAGGUAAAUAUUACGCUUUUAUCUUCAUUAGGGUGUUGCUCAGGUUAUCCCCAAAAAAAGACGAUCCAUCGCAAAUGUUCGAGACGUUGACGAAGAAGUUCAGCGUUUGGCAGUCAUUGAAAGCCACCGAGGAAGGAUCUUUGCGAGAAAAGAAGUACAAGGUUUUUGUUGGAUACUUCAAUAUCAAACUCGAAACAUAGAAAGUUCUAACAGAAGUCUACCAAACUUUCAUUUUAAUUUUUCAACUUUUUGUCGUUCAAAAGUAGGGGAAAAUUGAUAAAUCCUUCAGGAAGAACUUCUUCGAGAGCACGACGCACUUCGGUCUUUGCUCAACGACGAAGGGAAACCGGUAGAAAAAGUUAAUGUCGAAGCUGAGCCGCCAAAACCGCCAAGACACGUUUUCGUCGAAAAAAGGGUUGAAAAACCUGUAGUCCCUAAUUUCAAGUGAGUUUGAGAUUACUAAAGGAUUCAUAAUUGGGCCUUUUUCAGAAAACAAAACGCCCCUUCGGUAAUCUCCUUGCCGUCCUCCUCUUCAUCUUCUUCCUUCUCUCCUACGUCAGCUUUUUCAGCGAGGAAAACGGACGAGAACAGUAACGAGCUCCCGAAAGUCUACCACCGGAAGGCGCCAUCCUACUCUCUGGAGAACUCGGUAGGAGUUGCUCAGGAAACUGAAAAUGGCGACGGAAGUUGCAGAUGGCGGUGGAAAGGUUGCAACGGGAGGCUGACGAGCAAUUAAGACGCGAACAAAUGAUCCGUCAUCAGAGAGUGACAAGCGCUUCCGCAGUUCUGAAACCUGCGGUUCGAGAAGAGCCGCAGGCGGUCAAGGAGUCGACUCUUCAGAGGGACUUCCGGAGGUCCAAGCCGCCGUCAGAGGCUCCGGUAGCCGUGAAGGUGGGAAUAGGAAGAUGUCAUUGAAAUCUAAAUUUUCAUUGAGAAAGGACUCCACAAAAGAUCCAAGUAUUGCGAAAAACUUCUCUGUUUUGAAAAAGGGAUAAUUGUGCAGAGUAAUGCGAUGAAACGAUCUACUAACCCUUCAAAAUAGCUUCCAAGUUUUUGUAGAACUCACGAAUGCGUUUGAGUUGGAAUUCAUACAGUUCAAAGGGAAUUAAUACAGGAAGAGCCCUAUGUCAGAAAUUUGCUUUUUUUGCUUCUCUCAUUUCGAAGAUUUCACAUUCAUGACGCUAUUCAGAACUCGCCGGCGCCAAUCUUUGCCCGAUCUCCACCGCUGCAGGCAAAAAAGCCUCCGCCACCGAUUUCCCAACCGGCGCCGCCAGUGUCUUCCUCUCUCAAUUGGCAACCAUCCAAAACCAUAACGACCCAAACGUCUCCAAAGGCCGCAAAAGUCAUCUCUCCGCCGAAACUCGACCGAAUCCGGGAAACGACGCCGCAGAUUGACGUGAAAUUGCGUCUAGAUGACGACGAGAAACGGCCGUCGUUGCCCAACGGGCCGACGCAACUCAAAAAACACCGCAUUUCAUUCGAGGAAAAUGCCGCGACGGUGGAAAAACGGCAGAAAUCUCCCGAGGAAGCUCUAGUCAAGCUGCGUAACGGGGACAAACCGAAGGUCGUCCAACUCGAGAAGGUUCAGAAGUCGCCGAUUGUGACGCGGCCAGUUGAAAAGGCUCCAGUGCAAAAGCAGCCGAGCCCCAAGAUUGGCGGCUCGCCAAAAGGAAUCGGAGAGAUAUUUCCUGCAGGAUUCGUCCCCAAACUGAGGAAGGUUGGAGCUCCCGUCGAACGGAUCGGAAUUUCGAUGGGAAGAGUGGUUGACACUCCCGCCACGACGUCAACGCCUCCUCCACUGCCAACUUCUGACAGUUCACUGAAGGAAGAUCGACUCCCGCCUGUGACUCCGCCGUCGUCGGUACCUCCAGCUCCUCCUCCGCCUCCACCGCCGCCACCGCCACCGCCACCACCGCCUGCAGGACUUCUGAUACCUGUCAAGUCUUCUGCAGGGUGCGUUUUUGCAUUAGAGUAAAAUGAUCGAUAUAACAAAACAAUCAAACAUAAAAUUCAUCUGGAGAGGACAGUUUCAAUUUUUCUCAAAGAAGAAACAAUUUAGAAAAAAAGCAAUUUUCAAUUUUCAUCGUUUCAUUUCAGAAAGAACACUAUGCCAGAUUCACCACAACCUGCCUCGAAGGUUAGUUCGCCAUCAGCCAAUCACUAAAAAUAUCAAUUUUUAGGAAUCGGCAAACGUCCGGGACAAUCUGAUGCACGAGAUUCGAGAAGCCGGACGUCUCCGCGCCCUCAGAACAUCCCAAACAUGA